UCGGCUCGGCACGGCUCGGCUCGGCUCGGCUCAGUUUGCCCCAGCGCGGCCGGCGGGGUCCCCCCUUUGCAGGGCCCCCWCUCCGGGACCGGCAGGACGCGCCGCCUCCAGUUUCGUUUCCCGGYCGGUCCCGACCGCUGCGGGACACGGAGCGGCGGGGAAUGGAGCUCCGCGGGUACCAACGGGAAGCGGCGGCCCCGGCCCUGCGCGGCCGCAACAGCAUCGUCUGGCUGCCCACGGGCGCCGGGAAGACUCGAGUGGCCGUCCACGUCUGCCGGCGACACCUGGAAAGCCGGAGGGGCGGCAAGGUGGCCGUGCUCGUCAACAAGGUUCACCURGUGGACCAGCACAACGAGAAGGAGUUCCACGCGCUGCAGGACGCCUUCAAGGUGACGUCCAUCAGCGGGGACACCAGCCACAAAGCUUUCUUCGCCGACCUGGUGAAGAAGAGCGACGUUGUCAUCUGCACAGCCCAGAUCCUGCAGAACGCCCUGGUCAGCGCGGAGGAGGACACGCAUGUGGAGCUGACAGAUUUCUCACUGCUGGUGAUAGACGAGUGYCACCACACGCACAAGGAUGCCGUCUACAACAAGAUCAUGCUGAGAUACCUCCAGCAGAAGCUGAGCGGGGAGCGGGGCCUGCCACAGAUCCUGGGGCUGACGGCRUCCCCUGGCACUGGGGGGGCAACGUCCUUCGAGGGGGCCGUAGAGCACAUCCUGCAGAUCUGCGCCAACCUGGACACUGAGAAGAUCACAUCGGUGCAGGAGGAGGAGCAGCACCUGCAGAGCCACGUCCCCCAGCCCAGGAAGCAGUAUGACCUGUGCCAGGAGAGAGUGCAGGACCCCUUCGGUGAGCGGCUGAAGAGGAUGAUGAUGCAGAUCCAGCAGUACAUGCAGGAGCCGGAUCUCCCGCGGGACUUCGGCACGCAGAUUUACGAGCAGCGCAUCGUGGAGCUGGAGAAGAGAGCCGCGGAAGCGUUCUGCCGCAAGACGCGUGUGUGCGCCCUGCACCUGCGCAAGUACAACGACGCUUUGCUGAUCCACGACGCCGUGAGGAUGCUCGACGCCUUCCAGUGCCUCCAGGAGUUCUACAGCGCCGAGAGGGACAAGAAGGACCCCACCGAACAGUUCCUGGCCGCCACCUUUAAGGAGAACAGGGCGAGCCUGCAGGCGCUUGCCGGGGACCAGCGUUAUGAAAACCCCAGGCUGGGCAAGCUGGAGGGGAUCCUGCAUGAGCACUUUCAGCCCCURGGCACUUCCCGAGGCAUCAUCUUCACCAGGACAAGGCAGAGUGCCCACAGCCUGCUCAGCUGGCUGCACACCACGGCCACGCUCCGUGGGAAGCACAUCAGGGCUGCCGUCCUGACCGGCGCCGGCUACAGCAACCAGACCAAGCACAUGACACAGAAUGAGCAGCAGGAUGUGAUCAAGCAGUUCCGCGAGGGAGCCCUCAACCUGCUCUUCUCCACCAGCGUGGCCGARGAGGGUCUGGACAUCCCUGAGUGCAACAUCGUGGUCCGCUACGGGCUGAUGACCAAUGAGAUCGCCAUGAUGCAGGCCCGGGGCCGUGCCCGUGCYGAGAACAGCGUCUACUCUGUCCUGGCCAAAGCCAACAGCAGAGAGGUGAACCGAGAGCUGCUCAACGAGAAGCUGGUGGAGCUCAUGAAGAGGGCGAUUCAGGCAGUGCAAGCCAUGCCAGAGCAGGAGUACUGCCGAAAGAUCCGGGAGCUGCAGGAGGUGGCCGUGACCAGCUGGCUGAUGAAGGAGGCCAGGCUGAGCGAGCGGCGGCAGCGGCACGACCCCGACUCCGUUCGCCUGUACUGCGUCAACUGCAGCCGGGCCGUGUGUCGGGGCAGCGACAUCCGCACGGUGGAGGACAUGCACCACGUCAACGUCAACCCCAGCUUCAGGUCGUUUUACAGAGUUUCUUCUGGGAAAAUACAGUUCCAGCGGACUUUUCGGGACUGGGAGCCCGGCAGCCGAAUCGCCUGCAAAGCCUGCAGCCAGGACUGGGGGAUGGAGAUGUUGUACMGGCAGGUGAAGCUGCCCAUCCUCUGCAUCAAGAACUUCGUGGUGGAGACGCCGGCAGAGAAGAGGAGGUACAAGAAGUGGAGCGCCGUGACCUUCCCCAUCAAGGCAUUUGACUACCUGGAGUACUGCUCGGACACUCACAGCCUGUCCUUCUAGCACGGGCUCUGUGCAGAGCAGGACCAUUCACAGGGCACUUUCAAGGUCUCACAUGAAAAGGGGAGGCUUCCUCGACCCUUUGGACAGAGAGUCAUGGCUCACUCCUCUCUUCCUCGCUGGUCUGAGCUGCAGCAGCCCGUCCCUUGGCUGCUGAAGGAGCUUUGCUGCAUCACAUAGAAAAGAGGAGAUGCUGGGAUUGAAAACCAUCCAAACCCUUCCUUGCUCCCCAUGCUGCUGCCUUCCCCUCCGCAGCCCUGCCAGGAGAACCAUCCCUUUCUGCAGACUCAGGACACAGCCCAGCACUUCUCUGACUCGUGAAUUCGAUGGGUCUCCAUUAAAAACGCACAUACUCGAC